UACUCACACAGAGGGCGGUGUUUCUCCAGCUGUCCUGAAGGAUUCACCAUCAAUGGCACCAUGGAGUGUGUAGUCCAAUGUGAUCUAAGUGAGUGGAGUCCGUGGGGCCCUUGCAUGAAGAAGAACAAAACAUGUGGCUUUAAAAAGGGUAACCAGACCCGUACCAGGGAGCCCUUACAGCUUCCAAGUCCUGCCACUUCCACAGGGGCCGCUCCGCCCUCGGGCUGCGUCCCAGAGACACAGACCCAAAGAUGUACCGUGCAGAAAAAGAUCCCUUGCAAAGGUCCUCCAAUAUAUAUCUUCCAAACCAGAGAUCUCCUUUAAUUUAAUCAUUUA